AUGGAAGGUGAAGGAGUGGCUGUGCUCAAAAGGGCUGAGAUUGACACUAGAGCACCAUUUCGGUCAGUCAAAGAGGCUGUUUCGCUGUUUGGCGAGAAAGUUUUGGCUGGGGAGCUGUAUGCCAACAAGCUCAAAGAGAUGCACGUUGGAGGAAUUGAAUAUGGGCACGGCCCAUCCAGGCUUGGAACUGUCACAGCAGAGCUAGAGGAGACAAAACAAAGCCUGGAAAAAGCUAAAGAACAAAGUACGCUAAUGGCAAAUUGCCUCUUUUCGCUUCAAGAAGAACUUGAAAAAACAAAGAGAGAGCUUGAACAAUUGAAAGAACGUGAGAUCGAAAGGCAACUGAUAGAAUCUGAAAUUGAAGAUGUCCAGGUUGUUGAAGGUACAACAAAGUUUGAAGUCAAAACGCAAACAUCUAAUAAAGAAGGGACAGAGUUUCAAAAGAAGAGAUAUGUGACAUUUGCUAACCCUCCUUCCCCUACACAAGUUAUAAUUCCACAAGGAGUUGAAGCACUAGAGAGGCACCCUUCUCUUAGGAAAAAGAAGAAGAAGCCCAUGAUCCCUCUAAUAGGAGGGAUUUUCUAUAAGAAAUUCGGAAAAAGAAGCGCAUCCCCAUGA